GAGAUGUUAAAAUAGCAGAAAAUUAAGAAAUAAACAACAAUUUUUUCUCAAUAUCAAAAAAAAGAUGAAAGAUGAAAUUAAUUAGUGCAAAAUGUAAAGAAUUUAGUGAUUUUAUGAUUUUAUAGUGAGCAUAUCAUCAAGUACAAUAUAUAAAUGUCGGCAAUAGAAUCGUUUGUGCUGUUCCUUAAAAAUUUGGAGCAUCAAUGGGAUGCGUUUAAGAAAGUAGAAAAUGGAACUGACGAAAAAAAUCUACGUGCCGAAUUCAAUCAACUUAUCUCAUUAACAUUAGAUUCUUGCUUAGACUUCCGAAAUGUCCAACAAAAUGCACAAAUUGAGGAGAUUUGGGAGAAAAUUAAAAUAACUAUAAGUUCAUUAAGCCUCGAGGAAGGUGCAAAUCAAUCUAUUAACAAUGUCUUGAAUACAGAAAAGUGGACAUCUAAUUAUGGACAGUGGUUGUUGUCUGGAAAACUCAUCGGUUCUUCCGUCAGAUUAGUUACAUUUGAUAACAAGCUGUUAUACGAAAGCGAUGAAGUGAUAAAUGCCAGAUUAGAAUCCCUAAUGAAUCUAUUCUUAAAAACUACCAACGAUGAUACAGGACAAAUGAUCUUGAAUGUCUUUGAAACUUAUCGCAAGUACAUUCUUCGUGACGUAAAGUUCCAAUGUAAAUUGUCAUGUGCAACUGUUAAAAAGCUAAUAUACUAUUAUAUGAUAAUCCUUUGUCAUCGAAAAUGCAGUGACCAUAUAUCUAGCACGAUUAAACUUUUUCCGAAUUACCGUAAAAUAAACUAUAUAAUAAGCCUGUGUAAGGAGCAAGAAGACGGCGUGAAGCAUAGCAAACUUAUUAAAUAUUAUAAGGCACAGAUAGUAGAGCGAUUUAUAGAACAUCUUCUUUAUUGCGAAUUUCAAAAAUUGAAGCCUGAACAGGACAUUAAAAACUUUAACUUAUACUUGCAACAGUUGAUAGAUUUAGCGUAUCAUGAGAAAACAAUAGAUGAAAAUAUGGAGAGAAUAAUACUUUCUGCGAGUGACAUGAAUGUGAUUUCCGACUAUUAUUACUUAGCAGCUACACAAUUAAGACUUCAGAUGCCAAAUAAACAGAAUCUUAUUUAUAAACUCAUCAGUAUUGGAAUUUCUCACGACAUUUCAAGCUUACAAGAACUAAAAUAUUCAAUAGACGAGACAAAGAGAAGCAAAGAAUUGGAAAAUGAAUAUAAAUUGGCGUAUCGGCGAAUAUAUUUGGCUCUUGUUACACUUGGAUGUACGAUAAAAGAUUAUGUACUUAGACGAUUGUGUUUUCAGACAGCUAGUUUUUGCGAGCACGAAACCACGAGUUGUGUAGACAUUUUAAGGCAUCUUCCAGUACUUGAUAUUGUAGAUCAAGGCGAUAAUUUAGAUCCAAUCUUACUAGAUAUACGAUAUUUAUUGGAAACAUUUCAGUAUGAUAUUAGAGAUCGUACAAAGCUAUCAUCAACUUUUGUCAAAUAUUCUAAUGCUAGUUUCGAGACUCUCGAGUAUUAUGCUCAAACAGCUGAUUUAGAUGACGAUUUAGCACCUUUAGAAUAUCCUGGCGUUGAAAAGUAUAUGAAACGUCAAGCAAUUGAGGAAAAGGAACACAUUUCGCAGACUUCAGACUUGGAUAAAUGUCUUAAUGAGAUUGAUAACUUUAAUAAUGAACUUUCGAGUCGUUUUAAGAAUCUUAGGAAUCAAUAUAAACCUUUAAGGAAGCAAACACCACCGUCAGAUGAGCAAAUUGAUGUGAAAAUUAAAGAAGUUCUAUCAAAAUCUGAAGAUUUUAGAAUCACUAAAACUGGUGACAUCUUUUACGAAUUAUGCUGUAUCACAUUCGAGGAUAUUUUAUCCCCAAAUGUUCACUUAGAGAACCUGAAAGACAAACACAAUGAACAAAAUAAAGACAACUUGCAUUUUAGCUAUGAUAUGUGCAAUUAUACAAAUGACGAUAUUGACAUAAAUUCAAUAUAUAGCAGCGGAAUUGUGCAAGUUUUCAAUCUAUAUGAUAAAGGAUAUUCGACAUAUGAUAUUGAGAACAUUAUGCUGUAUACAAUCUUGGAGAAAAAGAUGAAAUUUAUAGCCGAAGAAUUUGCAUUAUUUAAUAAAAAUCGGAAUCUUGAAUUUGAUGAGGAACAGCAAAAUCAAGUUCAUGCAUGUUUCCUUUACUUAUCUAAUAAACCACAUCCUGAAUAUGGACGAUUAUUGAGACUCUCAUCGACAUUAAGACGAUACAAUAGUCCAUUGGAAUAUAAUCUCGAUUUCUAUGUGUUUGAUGCUAUGCCAGGGAGGUACAAGUAUCGUCACAAGAACAAGCCAAUUAAAGUAAAACAGGAAACGAAUGAAAGCUUUGAAAAUGGAAAUGGUGAUUUGAGUAAUUCCAUGAAAGACAAUAGCUUUGAAUUAGAUCAUCUUAAUCUACCAAUUCCGGUAAGUGAAAUAAAAACAGAACUCUCGAUGAUUUCACAAAUUCCACAGCAAAUACAGCCAAUAAUGCGUGUGAAAAAGGAAAAAAUUCCACCGGCUAUAAACUUAACAGGCAUUCAAACAUUUAAUAGCUCUGCAGAAGUUCAGAGUAUCUUUAAGAUUCUUCAAGUAGAAAUAGCUGCUCUAAUACAGAAAGAAGUAUUUAUUGAUAUAAGUAAAAUUAGUGACAUAUCCUCGCCGCACUUAGUCCAGUGUAUUAAUACAGAAGUUAAAUCAUCAUUGCCGAUUAAAAUUCAAAAGAUUAGAAAUGGAAACUUAAAUCCAAGGGAAAUAGAUCGUGAAAUAAAAAUGCCGUUAAAUGUAAGUGGACGAUUGACUAUUAUUCUUGAAUUUAGGGACGAAAUCAAAUAUGAUGAGCACUUUGAGAAUCCUUAUAUAGCAUCGAGUCUUCAUCAUCGAAUCAUGAGUAAUUUAAUGAUUGAUCAUUUAACGCAUAAUGCUAAAUGUGAUAUUGAUUGCAUUGUUGAUGGAUUUGUGAGUAAGAUUAAAUGUUCAUUCCAAGGUCAAAAGUCUUAUAGACCGCGUAAAAAAGUACAAAAACCAGAGCUGUCUGCUGAGAAAAUGUCGGUAAUUCAAAGCCCGAUAAAAGUAGAAUCAAAUAGCAGUAACAGCAAUAGUAAUAUCCCUUCAAUAAGCAAUAUUGUGAUGAAUGUAAAUAAUAAUGUAAACAACACACCGGUUAAUGGAUUGAACUUUAUUCAACAACCUUAUCCUUAUCCACAAAUUACAUCAAAUCAAUUUAAUGUUCCAGUUAGUCAAUACUCGACAAAUAUUCAAACUCAAUAUACGCCAUCAGUAUGCUAUGCUCAAAGUAAUGAUCCAAUUCACUCGUCUGUCAUACAAGCACCACCGCAAUUCACUAACGGAGUGCAACAACAGCAAAUUCCAUCUCAAUUUCAGCAGCCACCACAACAAUCAGUAUUACAAGGUCAUGAACCAUUUAUAUGUAAUUCUAAUGCAGCAGUUCCACAAGAUAGCAGCAAUGUUUUAGUUUCUCCAAAUCGUGUGAAGCCAAAAGUCGAAAUUCUUAAGAUUGAAGAUGUUUCGGACAUAAAUAUAACGGGUUUAAAAAAGAUAAGCUUUAGUAAUCCAUGUAUGGUCGUUAAAGAGGAACCACCGAAUAAUGGAUAUAAUCAAACUGAACCAGGCGUAUCUGUCGUGACUAUAGAGAAGCCAAUCAAGCAAGAGAUUAAAACCGAAGAUGAACUUGUUGAUUUUGAGGAUGAAAUACAGACGACGAUGCUUCAAUCAACAGUACCAAAGAAACACAUUCAUAUUCCAGAGACAAAAAGUUUACCGACUAUUGUGUUACCGAAAAGUCCACCACCGCUACAUUAUCCAUCAAAUAAGAAUGAUAUUAAUACUCAAAUUACAAAGGAAAUUAAGCAGGAACCAGUACAACAAAAUGUCUUGCCACAAAUGAGACCGAAUGUAAUUAAAAGUCCUAUAACUUCGCCACAACAAAUCAUUGAUGUAAAGGUUGAGAUUCCAGAGGAAGUAAAUAGUCUUAAGAAAAUGAAAAUUGAUUUUACUAAAAAUCUAGCAGAAUUGAUUGAGAAUGCUAAGAAAAAGUUUGUCGAGACGAAGAAGGAUGUGGCUGAAGUUGUAAUUGACUUGACGGAGGAUAUAAGUGAGCCAAGUAUUGAUUUAACUAGCGAAAUUUAUGGUUGCGACAAUAUUUACGAUGACAGGAGAUUGAAAAUGGCUAAAAAGUCAGCUCCAGAUAUAACAUUCAUUGGAUGUGACACAGUAUCAGGACCUGAUAGUUUUCUAAAGGAUUCUCAGGAGCGAGCACAAAAACGAUUCCUUAAAAGAUCAUUGCCUAUAAGUCAGUCAGAGGAUAGUGUCAGAAAAUGUAAAGUAUUACUAGUUGACGUCAUGAAGGACAUGGAUAAAAGCUUCUUGAAGAAAGAGACUCCAAUUCGGUUGCAGAAGGUUCCAGUGGAUCCAAUUACAGAGAACACCGUAAUCAGGAAUAAUUUAAAGAGCAGCACAGUCGCAGAGGCAAUUCCAACAGAAGAACUUCCAAAUGAAAGCUAUGUAGAUAGCGUGUACGACGCAACAUUUACUAUUGUUUGUCAUAAUUCUGUAAGUUAUGUUUUUAAUGAUUCAUAUGGUGAUGGUAUCGCUAAUGUCAUUGAUAGAUAUAGCAAAUGUAAGACUAAUAAUAAUGCUAAUUAUAAUUAUAAUAAUUCAAAAUUGACUAACCUUGAUGCUGUUAAGAAUAAGUUGAAUAAUGGUAAUUUAGACUCAUUUGACACUAAUAAUGCUAAUGAUAUUUCAAUAUUCCUUAAAAUGAUCGAAAAACCAUCAUAUUCGGAUAAAAAUCAUUUAAAUUUCACAAAGAAUCUCAAGAAUCGUAAGAAGUUUGUUCGAUGGACGCCAAAAGAAUGUAAUUUUAGACUAGAUAAAGAAAAAACGAGCCAUAAAUCAAAUUUUGAUGAUGAGAAAAAUCACAAAAGUCUUCUGUAUCAGAUAAGUCAAGACGUAAUGAAUUCUAUUCCUGGCUUAAAUUCAUUUGAAUUCUUUAAAAUUCCAUCGAGUCCACAACGAACUCUACAAAUUGAGGUUGUUCAUUUAAAAGAAUUAAAAAAUUCUGCGGCGAAUGAAACAAAUGACGUUAAUGAUGGGGUAAGUAACGAACCCGGAAAUUUAUUACACAAUGAUGGAAAUAAUAGCGAGAUAAUGUCAAAUUCGACGACAAUUCAUGUUCAUAAAAUUGGACAGACAAGCAUAAGCCAUGAAACUGAAACGAGAACGUUACAGACAUCAUUUGGAUCAAUAAUUAAAAACACUUAUCCACCUGCAACAUCACGAGUCGUUGUCAAUAAUUCGACAGAUAAAUUUAUUAAAUUGAAAGCUGAUGACACUAAGAAGAUUUCUAUGACAGCUGAAUCGGCGAUGAAGAAUGCAUCGAAUGUAAAGAUUAUAGCAUGUUCUUCACAACAACAAUUGACGGAUUCGUCGAAGAAUGUUACUAAAAAUCAGACAUUAAUUAACAUGCUUACACAGCAAGUUAUGGUUCCUACUAGUUCUAAUCGUCAUUAUAUAAUCACAAGUGCCACAAAAGCAUCAGAUGUUGCUACUGGAACUUCAUGCACAUUGACAACAAACAAUCCAAUGAUUAAUGCUGUGAGAAAAACUGUUACUACUUCAACUGGACAAUCACAACUUGUUCAAAUCCUCAAUAGUCCACCGACAAACUUUACUAUGAAGUCACUAAACGUUUUGUCAUCAGCCAAUACAUCGAAUAUGAAGCCUAAUCAAAUUUUAACGGUUCCAACUUCGUCAAAUGUCGAUGGAAUGAAAACAGAUUUGCCAGAUUCAAUAAAGCAGCAAGGCGUUGUUCAGUUCAUUUGUAAAACAGAUGGUAAAAUUAUUCAUUUGACUCCAAUUUGUAACAGUAAUACUGGAACUGGAUUAACAAAGAAAAUUACUUAUAAGGUUGAUACAAGUGGAGCAAAAGGACCAACAAUUUUGCAUCAUGCAAAUCAGCAAAUUAUACUUAAUAAUCAAUUGAGAAAAGAUGAGAAUCCAAAUAUUUUGACCAUUAUACAAAAGCAGAGUAAUGAAUGUGAUAAGAAAAAUAAUAAAAAUACAAUAGUUGGAAUUGCACAAAAUAGUAAUCCAGCUUCUCCAAUGGGUACAAGAUCUGUUUAUGAAGAGACUUAUGCGAAAUUCAUACAAACUCCUUCUGUGGGUAUAACAACAUCGAAUGCAUCUGAUAUGGGACUUUUAACAAUCAGUAGCACACCCAUAAAUACUUCAGUAAGUGGAUCAACUUCAAAUACAUUUAUUCAAAAGAUUGGAAAAACAGUGAUACAGUCAAGUAACCAAAUUUUGCCUAAAUUUAAUCAGGCAUUUGGAAAGUCAAUAUUUUCAACCACUACCAUAAAUGAUCAGACAAAAGUUGCCACCACAAGGGAAACAUUUACUAGGUCUGUUGUAAAUACAAUAUCGCCUGUUAAGGUUACAAAGAAUGAGAAAAAUGAGAUAAGCUUUAUUGAAUCGACUGAAAGUAAUGAAAAACCACUGCCAACUUUACAGUCUGCACUACAAGGCAAUAAUCUUUUAUACGCACGGUCUAUAGGAAAUGGCAAGCUAAUAGCUAGUAACAAUAAUAAUGUUUUGUUAACGGCACUACGCAGCAACAGCAAUCAAACCAAUAACGUGAGAAUCAUCACAAGUAUAGCAGACUCGAUGUCAAAUACCAAUCGCACGAUAAUGACUCCUGUGAGAAUUUCUGUUCCAAUUCAAAUUCCACAAUUGAUUAAUUCAGUUCGCCCUCAAUCGACGGGAAAUUUUAGACCACAAAUUGUUAUUGCUCCCGCUGCUUCAACUGUAGUACGUCCACAAUCAAAUAUUCAAAAUUUGAAUCAAUCGGGAUCGAAAUUGCAAAGUUUAUUAAUGGGUUCGCAACAAAAUUCAACAAGUACUAUUAAUCAGCAGCCAGAUCAGAAUGCUGAUAUUGAGAAUAAUAAAAUUAAAGUAGAACAGAAGCAAAAGAAAACAGUUGAUAAUUCAACAUUGGAGCAAUUAAGAGAAUUCGACAUGGUUUUAGAACAAGUUUUAGAACGGAGUUCAGCUACACCAAAUUCUGUAGCCUCACCACCGCCCGAUAAUUCAAAUCAUUCAAGUCCUCGUAAGCAAUUUUCUGAGAAUAAAAUGAAAAUUGAAAUAAAGUCGAGUUCAGUCAGUAUCACAAGCAAUUCGCCAAGUGAUUCUCCAACAUCAUCAAAAUCACUAUCUGGUAGUAAUAGUGCAAAAGCAACGCCAAAAUUACAAGAGGAUGAACACACUGCACAGAGAAUUCUUGACAUUUUGGCAAACUACAAAGAACAAGUGAGAAAUUCGCCUGACUUGAAUAAUAAACCAGCACCUCGUCGUCGUGCAAAUCCACCAACUAAUCCUCCGGCAAAACGUAAAAAAGUCUCAGCAUCAACAUCAACUGGAAAUAUGAAGAAUUCAAAACAGUUUGGCUCGUCAUCUGAUGUUAUGACUGAUACGAUGGGAAGUGAAGAAGACAGCUCUUGUGGUGUAGGAAGUGGAGUUGCAUCGACUGGUUCUAUAAACAAUUCGCCUCGCGGAGAUAUUGAUGAUCAUACAGAUGUUUCUAUGGACAAUAACUUUUACAUGGAAGAUGCGAAAAGAGAAAUUGCAUUGAGUCCACAAAGCAGCAACAGUAGCGUUACAACAUCACCUGCACACAAUAAAUUUUCCGUGAGUCGCAGAUCUCUUGUAAUUGAAUCGAAAAACAAUUCUGGCUCAGAUACAAUCUCAUCAAAAAGUUUUAUCUUGAACAAUUCUCAAUCGUCAGCAAGUAGUGCUUCGAGCAUUACACGAACAUCUCUUGGUGAAUCAGUUGAGAGAUUGUCAGCACAGGGCUCAACAACAGCCGUUCUCAUGCCAGGAAAUUACAUAUUGCCUAUGAAUGUUUUAAAGAGUGGUCAACAUCUGGCGAUUUUAUCGUCACAAAAUGGACAGAAAAUAAUUGCUGUGCCUGCAAGUCAACUAACAUCGCCUGUUAGUAUCAAUAACUCUAGUGGUACUUCUAUUAUUUUACAACGAUAUGUUAAUCAAAUGAAUGAAGCUGCUGCUGCGGCUGCUAGUGGAUUAGGAGAUAAAGCUAGAUUAACACAUUCAAAUGAAAAUGAUGGAAACACUAAAACUUUACAUUUUCAGCAUCAAAAUAAUCUCAUGAUUGGGAAUAAUAAAAGUCAUGCUUCUGCUUUUUAUGUAAAAUCAUUUGAUGAAGACAUUAAGAAUAUUAAGCAAGAAAAUGACCAGCUUAAUUCAUAUGAUUCAGCUUCGAGUAAUAAUUUUGUAAGUGAUAAAACAUUGAUAACUGAAAUAAUACAACAGCAACAGCAAUUAUCGCAUAAUCAUCCACAACAUAAUUUCAUGAUAAAACUUAAUGAGCCUUCAGACCCGAAAAGUUCUUCAAGUAUAAUGUUUAUGGGUGAUACACGAUCUACAUCAACUGACAUUAAGAACAUUGAGGUCAACAGCAUUAAAAUUAAAUCUGAGAAAUUGGAUUAUGAUGAAUGUAUAAAAGAGGAAAUGAUGGAUUUGAAUAAUGAAAAUGAAAUGUUGAACUCGCCAAUGUUAAAUACAAAAAUGGAGGUUGAUGAAAAUACGAGCUCAAAUCAUGAUACAAGUGAUGCAGAUAAUUCGCAUUCGCAAAAAUUGCCACAAUUUCCAUCAAUCUUGAGUUCAUGCUUAACAAAACAGUCGAAUAGCGCUAAUAGUGUGAAAAAUACAAAAGGCUUUCUUAUUGAUCCAUCAAGUAAAAUAUUAAUGUACAACGAUCGAAAGCAGUCAUCAACAUCAACCGGCAUAGAUAAAGAAAUUUUCAAUCAGAAAUCUUUCAGCGAGGAAUGCGCUGAUUUGGGUGUUGAUGAGCCAAUUGCAAGCGAUUUAUUUCCAGAAGCUGAUUUGCUUUUCGAUUCCGGUUCACCGAAAUUCGAUCAGAUUAAUCCGAAUGAUGGAAACAUUCAGAUUAAAAGAGAAUUGGAAAACGGUGAAGUUUUGCUGCAAAUGAACUAUAACAAUAACAUGUCAGAGCCAUGGCUUAAUUUCGAUACAGAAGACGAAUUAGUUGAUGACUCGAAUGGUGAAAGUAGUGAUGAUGUAAAUGAAUCUGGAAAUUCAAAGACUAAUUUUUAA